AUGAGUGUUGAAAGAAUAAAACGUGCACCGGCGGUGCGAAAAGGGAUCAUUGUCCGUAGGAAGACGCAUCUAAUCGCAAUGAUGAAGCGCGUAAGACAUCAACUUGAACGAAGCGGAUUUGUUCAGUAUCAGUCAACGGGAAUGGCGAUUCCUCAGCUUGUAGCUUUGGCAGACAAGUAUCAGCACCAAGGGUAUCGUAUAGCUCUUUUUACGGAAACUAUAGAAUUCACGGAUGAACUUAUGACAGAGGAUGAAUUUAAAAACGAAAAGCGACUAGGGAAUUUACUUGUACUCAAGGUUUAUUCCAGAUGA